GAGCUGUAGCAAGUCUUGUCAUUUGUACUGCAAUGCUAUUACAAUGCAUAGAAAAAGUAACAGUAUAUUACUGUGGACUCCAGGUGGUGCCAUAUCUAACAUGUAUGCUAUGUUGAUUGCACGUUUCAAGAUGUUCCCAGAAGUUAAAGAGAAAGGAAUGGCAGCUAUUCCCAGACUGGUUGCCUUCACAUCAGAGCAUAGUCACUUUUCUGUGAAGAAAGGAGCUGCAGCCUUGGGUAUUGGUACAGAUAGCGUGAUUCUGAUUAGAUGUGAUGAAAGAGGGAAAAUGAUCCCAUCAGACCUUGAAAGAAGAAUCCUUGAAGCCAAACAAAAAGGCUUUGUUCCAUUCCUCGUGAGCGCCACAGCGGGAACAACAGUGUAUGGGGCAUUUGAUCCACUCAUAGCUAUUGCAGACAUCUGCAAGAAAUACAAAAUCUGGAUGCACGUGGAUGGAGCAUGGGGUGGCGGGCUGCUGAUGUCCAGAAAGCACAAAUGGAAGUUAAAUGGUGUUGAAAGGGCCAAUUCGGUGACCUGGAACCCGCACAAGAUGAUGGGCGUCCCACUGCAGUGUUCAGCCCUGCUGGUGAGAGAAGAGGGACUGAUGCAGAGCUGCAAUCAAAUGCAUGCUUCCUACCUCUUUCAACAAGACAAGCACUACGACCUGUCUUACGACACUGGAGACAAGGCUUUGCAAUGUGGACGACAUGUUGAUGUCUUCAAACUAUGGCUCAUGUGGAGGGCAAAGGGAACCACAGGAUUUGAAGCACAAAUUGACAAGUGCUUGGAACUUGCAGAGUACCUAUAUAAUAAAAUAAAGAACAGAGAAGGUUAUGAAAUGGUGUUUGAUGGAAAGCCUCAGCACACAAACGUCUGCUUCUGGUAUAUACCUCCCAGUUUACGCGGUAUGGAAGAUAACGAAGAAAGGAUGAGCCGCCUUGCAAAGGUGGCCCCAGUGAUAAAAGCCAGGAUGAUGGAGUAUGGAACAACCAUGGUGAGCUAUCAGCCUCUGGGAGACAAAGUGAACUUCUUCCGGAUGGUCAUCUCAAACCCAGCAGCAACUCAUCAAGACAUUGAUUUCCUGAUUGAUGAAAUAGAACGUCUGGGACAAGAUUUAUAAUAAUCGAGCGUGAAAGGCUGUUCCUGGACCUCUAAGUAGACAAUUAAGUUGUCACAAACUGUGCGAAUGUAUUUGUGGUUUGUUCCAAAGUAAAUCUAUUUCUAUAUUGUGGCGUUGGAGUAGAGUACAGUUUAAAAUCAAGAAACAUGGCUCCUUUAAAGUCCUUUCCUGAGUUUUAGAAUACCUCUUUAAUAAUUAGCUACUCAAAAAGCUGCAUUUAAAUAUAUAAGGAAGAGCAGAAGAUACGUACAAUUUUAUCUCCAAUUUUAACACAGUGACUAUUUUAAAUUAAAAGCAAUCAGACAGAAUGAUGCAAAAUUUGCCCGAAAUGGUGACAAAAUCAAACUGGGGGAAGGAAGAUAAUGAGAAACAAAGUAUACAAGCUGUAUGCUUAAAAGUGAAAGUAUUUUGUCUUUUUCAUAGUAUUAGAACAGAGUUUCUAAUUUACCUAUAGCAACAUUUCAAAUGUAUUUAAAUAGGUAUAGUUUUACAAAAGCAAAUAUAUAUAUAUAUAAAAUCCUAUUUUGUAAACUAAAGAUUUUAUUUUAUAUGGGUUAUGAAACUGCAAGGACAGAAACCGAAAAUUAACUAGGAUUCUUUUUCUUUUGAUGGAGGUGCCUCAAACAUUUAUUACUGCCUAUUUUAAAACAUAUGCCCACAUGUAUUUUUAAGAGGUACCAGUGCCUCAUUUCUCUCUGUCACAUGGAUUGUACAUCUCCAAGGUUGAUUACUGAAAAACCUCAAGAGUACUGCAGCUCUUAAAACCACUUAAUAAGAUCAAUUACAGUACAACAAUAGGAUGCUAUUAUUCCUAAUUAUGUUUCCCACAUGGCCUAACCAAGCAGACGCACAAUCAA